CCUCCUAUUCAGAGGGGCGGAGGGCCCUUGGCAGCUGCUGCGCUUGGGAGUGUGCCGCUGGGCGCGCGGAACUAGACCAGAAGGCGGCUUGUGGUGCCUCCCGCUCUCCUUCUCCCUCGCACUGUCCCUCUCUGGCAACAUGGCCGGGCUGAGCAGCAGCAUCUCGAGCUUUGGGCGGUGCAGCCACGCCGUGGUGCGGGCUCUGCCCGAGUCCCUGUGCCAGCACGCGCUGAGGCGCGAGAAGGGCCGGGAGGUGGACUUCGCGCGCGCCGAGCGGGAGUAUCAGCUCCUGGUCGGCGUGCUGAAGACCAAGCUGGGGCUGCAGGUGCUGGAGCUGCCCGCCGACGAGAGCCUGCCCGACUGUGUCUUUGUGGAGGACGUGGCGGUCGUGUGCGAGGAAACAGCCCUCCUCACGCGCCCCGGGGCGCCCAGCAGGAGGAAAGAGGUUGACGCAAUGAAGAGAGCCCUUGAAAGCCUUAAUCUAAAUAUUGUAGAGAUGACAGAUGGAAAUGCAACCUUAGAUGGAGGAGAUGUUUUAUUUACAGGAAGGGAAUUUUUUGUGGGUCUUUCAAAUCGGACCAAUCGUCGUGGUGCAGAAAUUCUGGCAGAUACCUUUAAGGAUUAUGCCGUCUCCACAGUGCCCGUUGUUGGUGCUUUGCAUCUGAAGAGUUUUUGUAGCAUGGCUGGGCCAAAUCUCAUUGCUAUUGGUUCAAGUGAAGCUGCACAGAAAGCCCUCAAGUACCCCCAUCAUGACUCUAAUAUUCAUGGAGCCCAAGACAGGAUUGAACAGCAAUGUGCUGGGAAAGAUAUAGCUACCAUGUUGGUUGGAUCUGCUUGUGGUACCCAUUUGGGCCCCUCUUAUCUGUACUCAACUGGUUUUCUUAAGCAAGACUGCACAGAGGUGCUGUGUGGUUUCCGGGCUGUAUGGCCGUGUUCUAGCAGAACACGGCCAUACAGCCCAGAAACUACACAGCACCCCAGUGAUUCCGGCCCUGAAAACGUUCGACAAGACUGCACAGAGUUUGGAAUGAAGUGCCAUUAAUAACACCCAACUCUUUUCGACAAGGUACUGCUAAGGAAACUACAUCCUAGCAACUCAGCUCUCUCUUUUGGAUGAUAACUGGACAAUUCUGGCUGUACUGUAGUCUAAGACACAUUGUAGUUUUACACUGCCUUAUGAAACGUCCUCAGGAUUGUGUAACAGAAGACUAGCUAAUUAUCAUGAGUUACCAGAAAGGCCCACACAUUCCUGACAGCAGGGCAUUACCCCAGUGUUUUCUUAAAUAAAAAUAACAAUGUCCAGAGAUGGCAAUUUUAAUAUGUUUUUAUGUAGGAUGAAGUAAAUGAAACAAAUCACAAAUGCAUUGAAUAAAUGUACUCCCCAGAAGGGUUGGAUGUCACAAGAUAUGUUCUCUUAACACUAUUUGUUUUAGGUUGUUGAGAUCAAACUAAGUUUUCAAUAUAUGUGCCAUUCAGCUGAAUGUCAGCUGAGAACCCUAUUUAUGUACCCUGCAACAACAGAGUCUUGAGCACAUGUAUAGAACCUAUGUAAGCUGAUCAGGCUUAAGCCACUUUGGGCCAUAUUGUGGAAGAAAUAGUUUCCCUAGGGUUCAGAAUGUGUUUGAAUGGGAAAAGGAAUAGCAAAGUGUUCAAAAUGCUGUUGAAGCAUGUACUUGUGCAGAUGCCAUAUACUGAUUGGGAUGCGAGAAUUGCCAGGGAUUCUUUUUUACCAUAGAAUUUCUAGCAAGUUCUAAAUCAGAUGAUGUCACUUCCAGAAGUAAUGUAAUGCCAUUUACUGAUGGCAAACCCCCCCCCCCCCCCGUUUUUUCUGGUUCCAAGCUACUGACUGGCAACCCCCCUGUCCUUCCCACUCCAAACGUAUCUCCAGCUAUCACAUUAUUUAUGUUAUUAUUUAUUUAAACAUUUACAUCCCACCUUUCCUUGUGACUCAGAGUGGUUUAAACAUAUGUUUUAAACCAUCAAGUAAAUCAUCGUUAAUCAUUUCAGAAAGCACUACUCUCCUCUUACCUGAAGGUUAUCGUAGCCUAGGAGGGCAAACUUAGAUUGCACAGAGGAAAUUACACUAGAGAACUGUACAUACUUUCUCUCCCACUGUUGUUUCUACAGUCAGAUUAAUAACCCCAGUUAGCUGCUUUGAAAGAGAAAAAAACAAAAAAUACAGGGGAUCCUAAUCCUGGAUUUCCCAUACUUCUCUGCAGAAACUACCUAGUAGGUAUUUUUUUUCUUUCAAUUUUACCUCUUUUCUUGAUGUUCAGUUUACAUGCUUAAAUUCAGUGUGCUAGGAAGUUGGAGCAGAAUAUGUUUCAGACUGGAAAACAGAAAAUUUAAUUAGGCAUGAGUGAAAUGUACCUAUAAAAGCAUUUUGCCCUGUGAAUUGAAUGGCACUGCUUAUGAAAUUGCUCUGAAAGGCUAUGAAAUAUCAUCAGGAUCAUUAAUUUGUUGGUUAUACUCUUAUCAAUGAGGGUUUCUUCUGUCCAGGAUAGCUUUUAACAUUGUCCUCUACAUUGUCUAGAGGACAGUGGCUAUAUGUGUAUAGCAAAACAAAUGUUAGUAUUGCCUAUUUGCUGUUAAUGACAAAUUCCUCUCAAUGUAACAGGACAACGAUCUAUAGAAUUGUUAAAACUGUUAAUCUGCAACAGUGAAACUUGUACAUAUAAACAAGGGCUUUCUGUGGGGACAAACCAUCCUCACCAAAUAAACAGCAUUUUUUUAAAGUGGGAA